AUGACAGCCAGUGCACCAGUAUCAAUUGACACGUUGAAGCAGUCUGCUUCAUCUGCCUGCGCAAAGGCGCUGUCCGGCGUGCUGUCCUAUGACCACACGCAGACAUCCACCUGGUCAUCAGAUAUCAUCAACACCCUAUUGUCUGAUCUGCAUGGUCACUUCGGAUCAUCAUACAAGCUCGUAGUGAAUUCAAUUGUGCUGCAAACUUCAGAAGCUGGACCUCAGCAGGGAUUGAAUGUCGCACAUGGAGCAUUUUGGGACAACACCAAGGAUGGACUGUGGACGUAUGAUUACAACGAGGUCAAGGGUGUACGGGUAGUAGUGACAGUGACAUGGACUGCUGUGUAA